AUGAGGUUCCUCGAAGCAAAUCAGAUACUGGAACUCGCCAAGCAAGUAGUCCUGGCAAACCUGGCUGAAAACUCACCGUCUAUGCUCGUGCCACAGCCCACGAAGAGAUAUGAGAAGGGUAAUCGAGCGACUGAGCUUUAUGACGAGCGAAAUCUUUGUAUAAUGAUCCUAGGGGAGACUCUUUCUGCUGUUCUCACAAAAAUGAUGAGGGCUUGCAACAUCAACCUGCCGGGCUGGGAGCUUGACGAUGGGGGAGGAUGGGGACCGCCAGCAUAUGUGUCAAGAAUGAUGUUCGAGCAUGGUUGGUGCCCAAGAUCCCAGGCGACAGUCAAAGGACAGCUCGGUCGAAAUGCAACCCUAUUAUAUGUCACAUUACUGGCACAUGAAGACAACCGCCAUAAUCGCCAUCAUUGGAAGAGGUGCACCUCUUCGAGGUGCGAGUUUAUAGAGGCUUCAGACAACCUUUCCGAUGAUAGCAAAGAUCUAGUCAGGGAAUACAGGCCAUCGCAUUCCCUGGCUUGUGGUGCAACCGACUCUGAGGAUGACAAAGACUGCGGCAUGAUUGGUCCAAACGAAAAUGAUAUACUGGACGUCCUCGAACGGAGCAAUCAUCCGAGGACCGGCAUAUUCCCACUGAUAAGGAUAUGGGAGGACAAAGAAACAAAGAAUCUUGAAAUCAAAGUGGAGGAAUGGAAGGCCGGGACAGCGUUUGCGACAGUAUCUCACGUCUGGUCCCAGGGAUUAGGGAACAGGAACAAACGAGAGAUCCAUGUCUGUCAGCUAAGGGCUAUCAAAAACCUGCUGCAACAGGUCUUUGGAGAGAAAGAAUCUUACCUCUUUUGGCUCGAUACAUUCGCCAUCCCACAGCGCGGGACGGGAGACACAAGACAUGCUCAGUUGAAACGGAAGGCCAUUGGACUCAUUCACCACAUAUUCAGCAAUGCACAACACUGCAUCAUCCUCGAUCGUUAUCUCAUGAUGUAUGGAAAGGCCUAUGACUACAACUGUCGAGCUGUUGGUGCCGAGAUACUGGCCAGUGGAUGGAUGAUGCGACUAUGGACACUCCAAGAAGCUUUCGUGAGUGACCAAUUGCAUCUUGCACUUGGGGGCCACGACGUGUAUAACAAAAAGCCGCCAAAUCUAGACACUUUCUGGGCAGAGACCAAUGGCCAAGAAGUGCUGAGGAGCUCAAUGACAGAAAUCAUGAGGAGUAAGGUAGAGCUUAACCUGAUGAGAACGGGGCCGAGGAAGACCCUGAUGGAGAAAAGCACCUCUGAGCGUGCUUUGUUGAUAGCGAGUGCCUGGAGGGCGGUACGAUAUCGCACCACCAGAAACCCAGGGGAAGAGACUUUAGCACUAUCUAGCUUGCUUAACAUCCCCAUUCCCCAAGACGAUGAAAGCCCAGUGCUUUCUAUAGCCCGAGAGAACGAUCGCGAGAGACUAAUGGAAAGGUUUUGGGAAACAGUUGGCAAAGACGGUGCCUUCGGAAAGGCAAUACCUCCUGGAAUUAUCUUUCUGCCUGGAAAACGAUUGUCUUCGGAAGGGUUCAGAUGGGCUCCCUUUACAUGGAUGUCCGGGGAAGUGGAAGCAUAUCCGUUCCCCUUGGACAACCCAAAGCAUGCUACUAAGCUGACAUCCAAAGGACUAGUCGUUCAGUUUCCAGGGUUUUGUCUCUAUCCCACCCGAGAUAAGCUCUGUGAUAUAAUCAGAACUAGCAAGAGAAGCUCCUUCAAAUUCUCUGUUGGCCGGGGCCUCGAUGAAUGGUACCAAGUCUCCGCAGCGAGGAAGAGGGGCCAAUUGAACGGCAUCUCAGCUCCCUUAGAUAAUGGGAAUCACGACCUAAACCACAUUGCAGUUGAGCUACGCAAAGACAUUGACUCGGGGAAGCCUCUGAAGAUUGGGAUUAUUCUUUCCCGGCCACGGCCUGUCGAAGUGCAAGGCGAGAUUGGGCUCUUGGUCAAGAUAUGUGACAGCGAGGACCGCUGUCCCCUUUCUGGUAGAGACAGGUCACUUCUCACCUGCAAGAUAAUUCGACGUAUCGAGGUCUCGCGGCUCGCUAUAGGCGCUUCCGAUGUUCCCCCAUGGGAGACAGGGCCUCAGGAAGCACCCGGGUAUGAUCCCAUAUUGAGCAGAUAUGAGAGAUUCCGGCGGGAAAAGGUAGCCGGAGUGCAAUUGGAUGAUGCACAGAGCUGGUGCGUCGACGGAUUUUCUCCCUGGAGGGUUCUUGAGCAAACUGAAAAGGGCGAUGACGAGCAGCUCGAGACUUGA